AUGCAAGAUUAAGUUUUUAAAGCCAUUUAUUUGUCUUAGAAUCAAUUCAAUGAACUAUUUAGUGAUUCUUUACAAGAAUCUUCAAUCUUAGAUGAUCAUCAAAAUUAUGAUAACCAUUUUCCAAAUUAAGAUUCAUUAGCUGAUUUACCUCUAGAGUUUAGUUUUUCUGCACUACAUUUGAUUAAUUCCUAAAAAUCUAUAAAUGAUGUUUAAAAUAAAGAAAAGCCUCCAACUAAUGUUUUAAUCAGCAAGGAAUAAUAUUAAUUGAUUAUGUUGAAAAUGGAACAGAAUAAAAAAUUGAGUGAAUAAAACUAAUAAAUGAUCAAAGAGAACUAAGAAUAAAUCUAAAAACGUAAAAAACUUGAAGAUUAGAAUGCUGCAAUGCUAGAUUAAAACUUUUAAAUUAAGAGAGAAAUAUAAGAAAUGAAACAAAAAUUAUUUAUUUGUUAGAGUGCUAUAACAUUAAGAAAGGAUAAAUAAAUUAAUGAAUUAAGAAAUCAAUAUAAAGAGCUUUAGGUUAAAGCAGCAAAUAAAUAAGACACAUAAUAAUCAACAAUUCUUACAGAAAACAGUACUGUAGACUCUGAUAAAUCCAAUUCCUAUUAUUGUAAUACAAGUAGAUUAGUAAGAGUUGAUCAAAGCUCUUCUCAUCAUUAAACAAAAAAACCUUAUAGAAGCAGAAACAAUUCUUUUGUAAAAAUCGUUAAAAAUUGA